AUGGAUGCACAGUCACAACGUGUAGCUAGAUGGUUGGAAGAGACGGACGAAGAGGAGAAUGAUUUGGAGGACCUGCCGAGUAGCGAAGAUGAAGAAGAUUGUUGUUUAGAAGAAAGACACGAUUCUGAGUCGGAGCAAGAAAGCGAUGUAGGGGAACAGAUAAUCCCAGAUACUCCAUCUGCAUUGCAGCCGUUAUCAGAGUCAAGCUCAGACGAGGAUGUUCCAUUGGCCAAUUUAAGGAUUUACAAAUCUAAGUCAGCAUCAUAUUACACCAUAGAUAUUGUUGAAACACAACAGUUAAACGAUACGCAAGAUUCUUCUCAAGAAGUAUUAAGAAGAAGAAUUCUGUGCAUAACCUUCAACAAGUUGAAGGUUCCAAAAGAAGGAUUUCACCGCUUCUGGUAUCUGACAUCACACCAAAAAAUUUGUUUAACUGAAACAAAAAAGAAAAAUAUGAAUAGCAUCAGUGCUUCAAUAAUAAAAAGAAAAAACCAGAAGCAAAUGAAUGAAGAAACCAUAACAACGAAAAUAUUAGAAAUAUUGGAGGCUCAACUUCAAAAUGAACAUAUGAAAUUAGAAAGAGACAAAAUUUUACUGGAUCUUGAUAUUGAGUUAAAGCGGAAUCUUUAA